AGCCCAUUUCAGAACUGGCUGAAUGCCUGUCUGUCCGACCUCCUCACCGCGCUCUUGGUAGCUGGAUCGGCGUCGGCGGAGCAGACCUCGGUUUACACUUUGGAUGGUGACGAUGACCCGGUUGCAAACCCUCCCCGGGCUCUUCACUGUGCUGACGGUAGUUCACUUGGUGGGAUUGGCAUCGGGAUUGGCACAACCAGCCCUUUCUUUGUUAACACUUUCGAACAAGUCUUCUUCCACUGGCUCGGUUGUGCUCAGCCAAGACAUAUGACUCGGUCUAAGCCCACAAUAUUGCAUGCCCGACCCAGCUGGUCCGUCACUUUUAGCCACCCACGUUGUCAGCAUCAGCGAACAAUUCUCAGUCCUGCAAGUUCCUACGCUCUGGA